UCCAAGAGAACGACACUGCAGGUUAUAGCCACCGGGUCAGAAAGACAAGAGUCUGCUAGCUUCCUUAAGACCUUCUUUGGUAGGCUGGUCCCACAAAAUAACCGAGAAAUACAGCCUGAGAUGGACAGCAGUAAUUGUAAAGUUAAUGCUCCUCUCCUAAGUCAAAGAUACCGGAGGAUGGUCACAAAAGAUGGCCACAGCACACUUCAAAUGGAUGGUGCUCAAAGAGGUCUUGUGUAUCUUCGAGAUGCAUGGGGAAUCCUAAUGGACAUGCGCUGGCGCUGGAUGAUGCUGGUCUUUUCUGCUUCUUUUGUUGUCCACUGGCUUGUCUUUGCAGUCCUCUGGUAUGCUGUAGCUGAGAUGAAUGGUGAUCUGGAAAUAGAUCACGAUGUCCCACCUGAAAACCACACUAUCUGUGUGAAGCACAUCACCAGUUUCACCGCUGCAUUUUCCUUCUCUCUGGAGACACAACUUACAAUUGGUUAUGGUACCAUGUUCCCCAGUGGUGACUGUCCAAGUGCAAUCGCCUUACUUGCCAUACAAAUGCUCCUAGGCCUCAUGCUAGAGGCUUUUAUCACAGGUGCCUUUGUGGCGAAGAUUGCACGGCCAAAAAAUAGAGCUUUCUCAAUUCGAUUCACUGACUUAGCAGUUGUAGCUCACAAAGAUGGCAAACCUAAUCUUAUCUUCCAAGUGGCCAACACCCGGCCCAGCCCUCUGACCAAUGUUCGGGUCUCUGCUGUACUCUAUCAGGAGAGAGAAAAUGGUGAACUUUACCAGACCAGUGUGGACUUCCACCUUGAUGGCAUCAGUUCUGAAGAAUGUCCAUUCUUCAUCUUCCCCUUAACCUAUUACCAUACUAUCUCACCAUCAAGUCCUCUAGCUACCCUGCUCCAACAUGAGACUCCUCCACACUCUGAAUUAGUUGUGUUCCUCUCAGCGAUGCAAGAAGGCACUGGGGAAAUCUGCCAAAGGAGGACAUCCUACCUGCCCUCUGAGAUCAUGUUACAUCACCGAUUUGCAGCUCUAAUGACUCGAGGUUCCAAAGGUGAGUAUCAAGUCAAGAUGGAGAAUUUUGACAAGACUGUUCCUGAACAUCCAACUCCUGUGGUCUCUAAGAGUCCACACAGGACUGACCUAGAUAUUCACAUCAAUGGACAAAGCAUUGACAAUUUUCAGAUUGCUGAAACAGGGCUGACAGAAUAAGACUCAUCUACACCGUCCUACUUCUUAAUGUAUUAAAUAUAUGCAGCCAGCUAUGCAGCUAUUUUCCUUCACUGUAUCUCAUGUUUCCUUGUUCUCAGUGCUGAUUAUAUCAUAGUAAUCAUGUCUAUGCCCACAAAAAAGAAAAGAAAAGAAAAGAAAAGAAAAGAAAAGAAAAGAAAAGAAAAGAAAAGAA